AUGAGUACUAAAUUUGCACCACCUGGUUAUCGCUUCAAUCCAAGCGAUGAAGUGAUCAUAAAACACUAUUUGAUUCCCAAGAUUGAAAGCAAACCUCUUCCAAGUGAUCAUAUUUAUGAAACUACAGAAAUUUAUGGAGAAGCGCCACAGGAUUUGGAGGAGACGUUCCAAGAGGGUAAAAAAUAUUAUAGAAGAUAUGCCUAUUAUGAUGAAAACUGUGAUAGUUCGUUGUAUUUCUUUACUAAGUUGAAGAAAAGAUGGGAGAAUGGUUCUCGAAUUAGUAGAACAGCCGGAGGCGGAACGUGGACUGGGGAUAAUGGAGGUAAAGAAAUCUAUGGAUACCCACCGUAUAAAGUAGAGAAGAGGAAAUUGUCACUUACUGACAAUGCUGUUAAGGGUCAGAAAAGGAAGUAUUUAACAUUAACAAGCGAUGGAUAUGUUACUUGGAACAUGGAAGAGUAUUCGGUCGAGAAAGAUGAUAAAAUUUCAGAUUAUGCUAUUGUUAAGAUCACGAGGAAAAAAAACAACAACAAAUUCUCAAAAUCAUCAGCAUCACAGACAGCAUCAUCAUGCAGUAAUUAUGAGGUCAACAACAGUGAAUUAGUAGGUAACGAUGAUUUUGAAGUUCAUGAUGCGGUACCAGAAGUACCAGCCCUUGAAGAUAAUCAACUGCCAGUUCAUGGUCAAGCAGAACCGGAAAUGAAUGAUGCGCAAUUCCAAGACUGGUUCAUGAAUAAUACAUGUAUUUUGUUUGAAGAUGAAGGACCAGUGCCAGUAAUCCAGGAUGCCGUGCUUCCAACUGAUCAGACACAGCAAUUACAGUCGAGUGGUGAUCCUGUCGACUGCGGCGUCCCCAACUUGGAUUUUUUCUUUGACUCAGACUCACUCUUGUCAGCUGUUGGACCAGUGGGAGCUGGUAGUUUCGGAGCUAUUGGCGGGGAUAACACUGCUGCUCCAGAUCAUAAUCAAGAGGGUACUAAGAACAUAUUAGGAACAAUUUCUUCAGAAGCUGCGCAGCCACAAAACGAGUCGUGGGUAAUAUCUGAUGAAGAACUUUUCUCUGGUUUAGAUAAUUAUGAUCUUUUACCCGAUUUAGGGGUUUUGUUUUAA